AUGCCGGCAAAUCUCCCCUACGGAUUGAACCUUCCGAAUAAGAGUACAGCGAAACCGGGGAAUGCUCUUGGGCAGAAAAGAAAGAAUAUUUUCGACGACAAUUCUGAAGAUGAAGACCAGCAACCAGGCGACGGCGCAAUUGAAGUCUCAAUAAUUGGAGGGCUAGAGGAGCCAGUUACGAAGAAAUCCCCACCAAGCGCAGUGCCACCGCCGAAACGCAAAAUUCAAUUUGGGAGUGGUCCCAAACCGACAGCCAAACCGCUCAGCAAGAACUCGCUAUUUGCAGAUGAUGAGGACGAAGACGAAGAAAGAGAAAAAGAGCAACAAGGCGCAAUGAAUCUUGGGUUGAACCAGGCGAAGCCAAAGAAGCCAACCGCUCCUGCCCAGAAAUACACCAAUCUCGCGUCAAUGCACAGCAGCAACAUGCAUGCAAAGGCAGCAGAAGAGCUUGACCCACUAAUCUACUCAUAUGACGAAGUUUACGACAGUUUGCACGCCAAACCCGCCAAGUCUUCAGUGGAAACCAAGAGUGAUACACCCAAGUACAUGCAGAACUUGCUCCAGACUGCAGAGAUCCGAAAACGGGAUCAACUGCGGGCCAAGGAUCGCCAGUUAGCCAGGGAGCGUGAAGCUGAAGGUGAAGAGUUUGCCGACAAAGAGAAAUUUGUCACCUCUGCCUACAAGGCACAGCAGGUGGAACUGCGGAAGGCAGAGGAAGAGGAAGCGCGCCGUGAAAAGGAAGAAGAAGAACGGCGCAAGAAGAGUGGUGGUGCUGGCAUGAUUGGAUUUUACCGAGACGUUCUGUCGCGAGGAGAAGCACGGCACGAGGAGGUCAUCAAGGCUGCAGAGGAAACUGCCCGCCGUCUUAAGGCAGGUGAGAUUUUCGAGGACACAGAGGAUAAAGAGGAUCAGACGGAUGCCCAGAAGGCGCAAGACCUCAAUUCUCAUGGAGCUCGGGUUGUUGUGAAUGAUGAAGGCCAAGUUGUCGACAAACGCCAGCUGUUGUCUGCAGGACUGAACGUGGCACCGAAACCGAAAUCUCAACCACCUGUUCCUAAAUCAGGAGCUUCAAGACCUACUGCUGGACGACCAGGUGCUGGGUACCACGGCGCCCGUGGUGCCCAGCGGGCUCGACAGACCGACAUGGUCGCAAGCCAAUACGAGGAGCGUGCGCGACAAGAAGAGGAGGCUGAGGCUGCAAAGCAAAAAGAGAUUGCCGAAAAAAGUCGCAGUCGCAAGACCGAGGCCGAUGUGUCCAGCGCCAAAGAGCGGUAUCUGGCAAGAAAGAGGGAACGAGAAGAGGCUGCUGCCAGGGAGAAAGCGCAGGGGGCCUAG